GCUAGGGAAGUGAAGGCUAACACGUGUGAUUAGUGAUCUGCCGUGUUUUGCUUUCACUGCAUGGUGCUGAAGUGACUCCGACUAAUUAUUUAAAGGUGACAGAAACCUCUCAGCUGACUGGUGAGCUCGGUUUAAUCUGCUUUUAAUAUGGCGGACAACGUGGAGGAUGAUUCUCUGGACAGAAUUAAAGGGGGGGACUACGUCGUGUUGAAACGGGGAGAUAUCUUCAAAGCUGUGCAAAUUCAACCGAAGAAGAAGGUGAUUUUUGAGAAGCAGUGGUUCUUCCUGGACAACUCCGUGGGGCAGUUGCACGGCAGCACCUUUGAGAUUGCGUCUGGAGGGAUCCUGCAGCCUCAAAAGCCCAAAGACACAGAGAGCUCCACCGAUGCAAAGGAGGCCGGCACAGACAACAGGAACAUUGUAGACGAUGGAAAAUCGCAGAAGCUGACCAGGGAUGACAUUGAGAACUUAAAAGAGCAAGGUCUGAAGGACCAGGAAAUCAUUCAGCAGCUUGUAGAGAACAGCUCCACAUUCAGCGGUAAGACUAAAUAUGCCCAGGCUAAGUACAUCAACAAGAAAAAGAAGAAGUAUGAAAAUACUGUGACGAUUCUAAAACCGUCCUGUCGCAUCCUGGCUAUGAUGUACCACGGCCGGGAACCCGGGAAGAUCUGCCACCUGCGGUAUGACAUGCUUGCCCAGAUGUUGACUCUGGCAAACAUCCACGCAGGCAGCAAAGUUUUGGUGUUUGAGACCUGCGCUGGCCUCGUGCUGGGAUCCGUCAUGGAACGAAUGGGGGGCUAUGGCUCAGUGAUCCAAAUGUACCCAGGAGGUGGGCCCGUGCGGGCGGGUGUGGAGAGCUUUGGCUUCCCCGCACAUUUUCACGAUAUGCUGCAUGAGUUUCCCAUCUGCCAUGUCAAUGCUCUGCUGGCAGGCACUCUGGACACCACUGCCAAAGACCCUGAUGCUGUAUCAAAUCAGUCCGACAUGGCUGCAGAGGAGGAGCAGAACCCGCCAAAGGCAGAACAGACGAGCAGUCCGGAGGAAAUAAAAACGGAGGAAAUUAAAAUGGAGACAAACAGUGGCGCUGAUGACGGCUACGACCCGGCGAAAGAAGAGAGGGAGAAACGCAUCGAAGCCAAAGCUCAGGAAAAAAAGGUGAAGCAGGAGGAGAAACGGAAGAAGCUGGCAUCUGCUGCUGCCCUGCUGGAAGGCAGGAAUGCGGACGGGUUGGUUAUAGCCAGUCGCUUUCACCCGUGUCCCGUCCUCAUGGGCCUGAUCAAGUUCCUCUCCCCCUCCAGGCCUUUUGUCGUCUACUCCCAAUACAAAGAGCCUCUGAUCGAGUGCUACACAAAGCUCAAGGAACUUGGCGGUACGGUCAACCUCAGACUCGCAGACACCUGGCUCAGACAUUACCAGGUGUUGCCUAACAGGACGCAUCCAUUGCUGCUGAUGAGCGGUGGCGGGGGCUACCUCCUCUCAGGAACAACCGUUGCCGUGGACCGAUCCAACCGCGCCGGCUCCCAGCGAGCCGAGGAGCCGGCGCCAAAGAGACUGAAAGUGGAAGACACUGACGGAUGAACAACUACAGACGCAUCUAAUCUUUUAAGGGCAGAUUACCAGCGGCCCGUGGGGGUUUUCCUCCAGCAUCGACUUCUCUUUCUGCUGAACUGAUGUGACACCUCUGGCAUAAGCGAGACGGAGUGUCUGGUUUGCAUUCAUCAGAGCACUUUCUCCCAUCUUGUGUAGUCAGAUCAGCGCAGAGGAAGGCGUAAUGCUGAGGAGUGACCUAUAAGGCACUAUGAGCUCAGUGUGUGUGUUGUGUAAGGAACCGCGGAAAUAAUCUUGUGUUUUGAGAGUAACACAUUUGUUUCUUACGGCUCGAGGCAAGGUGUAAAAACAUGUUUUUCUCCAGUUGAUGCUCUCCAGCUUCUUUUUUUUAUAUUUUCUUAUCACCGCAGAAAGUGCCAUUCUUUAUGUGAUGCAGCUGCUCAUGCAGCUUGACUGUGGGUUACCGUCUGUAUCUGCACAGAAUUAAAAAAGUAAAAAAGCAGUUCUAAAACA